UUCCAAGGCGGUCACUUAGGAUUUGGUUUGUAGUGUCCGGUAAUGACAACUCAACGCAGGGGUCUACGGGUGUUAAAUACAUUUGAGCCUUUGGAAGCGAAGCAAGCUCAUCCCCCGGAUACUAAGAAACGUGGAGUCAUUGGUGCUAAGGCUCCGGCUAUCGUACAGAAGCUGAUAAAUGACAAAUCUGCUGUUGCGAAGGUUGCACCAUUCAAAGUUUUUUGGGACCCUGUUGAAAAUCAUUGUCAGCAUUGCGGGGCUGCUCGUAUCAACAGUGCUCAAGAACGUAAUCCUGUCUCAGUAAAGGAUUCUAAAGAUGCAGUUACUCAGAUUGAAACUGAUGACCUCAUAGCUUGGUUGUCUUCAGAGGACCCACCUGAAGAUUAUUGGCAAGUAGUUGCCGAACAAAGGCGAGUCGCUUGAGAGAAACUCUGGACGAAAACACAGAGCUGUGUUCUCUAGUUGAGAGUCUGAAUUUGGAGAUUGAGAGAUUAAGUGCUAUUGCUGCUCAAAUUAAUCGCUGUGCUACGGUAGUCGUCGAAGAUGAUGGAUCAGGUGACAGUCAGGAUACAGAAUUUCUGAGUAACGUUAAUGAAGUUUAGCAGACAAAGAAUGUUCCACCCCCAACUUCCGCACCGACUUUCAUUUUGAGAUGCUUUUUUGAUGCAUUCAAUUACUAUCCAAUUUGUAUUAUUGCUUAACUUUCUGGUAAUAGUAAACAUGUGGUUCUUUCUC